AUGAGCGGCGUACCUGUUCCUGAUGUGUCAAGUAGCAAGGAGACUAUAUCCAAAUCCUCGUUAGCAAAGAAGCGCUUUGUUGGCUCUACUGAAGGCCAUCGUAUUAUAAUAACAGUCGCCAAACGACCAAUUACGGGUAGAUCGCGUGUUAUAAAUCAAGUCCCAGACGAUAUAUUGAACGAUGCAUUGUUGAACUCGGCCAUAUCUUUGCUACCAUCGAAUUACAACUUUGAAAUCCACAAGAGCGUAUGGCAGUUACGUCGACAGAAUGCUACAAAAGUCGCACUACAGUUUCCAGAAGGUUUGCUCAUGUUUGCUUGUGCAAUCGCCGACAUCCUUGAAAGGUUUGCAAAUGUCGAGACGCUAGUCAUGGGUGACGUGACAUACGGUGCAUGUUGUGUUGAUGAUUACACAGCUCGUGCACUAGGCUGUGAUUUCAUGAUUCAUUACGGACACAGCUGUCUAGUGCCUGUGGACGUGACUCCCAUAAAGAUGAUGUAUGUGUUUGUGGAUAUAGGCAUUGAUACGGCUCAUUUCGUGAGUACGGUUCGCAAGAAUCUGCAGCCGGAACAGAGAUUGGCUAUUGUAGCGACUAUACAGUUUGUUGCAGCUUUACAAAGUGCCAAGCAAGAUUUAUCUACAGAUUACAUAGUAACUGUGCCACAAUCUAAACCAUUGUCGCCUGGAGAGAUUCUUGGUUGUACAGCUCCGAAAUUGAAGGAUCAAGACUGUCUAGUUUAUCUUGGAGACGGCCGCUUUCACUUGGAGGCAAUCAUGAUUGCCAACCCAUCACUACCAGCAUAUCGAUAUGACCCAUACGCCAAGGUCUUUUCUCGAGAACGAUACGAGAUUAAAGACAUGAAGGAUUUACGUCGUGAUGCAAUAGACAGAGCCAAAAGUGCCAAAUCCUAUGGUAUCAUACUGGGAACAUUGGGACGUCAAGGAAGUCCCAAGGUGUUGGAUCAUCUGACGAUUGAACUGAAUCGACGAAAGAUACCAUACACGGUGGUACUACUGUCUGAGAUUUUUCCAGCCAAGCUGGCCUUGUUUUCAGAUAUUGAUGCGUGGAUACAGAUUGCGUGUCCACGGUUGUCGAUUGACUGGGGAUAUGCAUUCACUCAGCCACUACUGACGCCGUAUGAAGCUGCUGUAGUGAUGCAAGAAACGAGUUGGAAUGAGGAGGAGUAUCCAAUGGACUUUUACGCACAGGCUUCUUUGGGUCCUUGGACGCCAAAUCAUGUUGCUCCAAAGAAGUAG